AUGUAUUUAAUACAAUGGAAAGGCUACACAAAAGCCACUUGGGAACCAGUUGAAAAUCUUGAUGGAUGUAAAGAAGCAUUAAAAAGAUUUCAUAAACUUGCUAAAGAUACAGAUAUUGAUUUUUCAUCCAAAAUUGGCAAAGGAAGGAAACAAAGACCGAGAUCUGAUGAAUUGCAAAAUCGAUUAAAGACUUGUUAUGCAGAUGGUAGAAGAACAGAUUUAGAUUUGUAUCAAAAAAUUUGGAUAAAAAGAAAUUAUCCUGGGAAAAAUGAACGUACAGAACCAAGGAUUGAAACCGUUACGUUUUAUUAA